AUGGCCUUCGCUGCUCUUUUCUUACCGUUUCGUCUUGUUGGUGUCAACGCUGGGCCUUACAAGCCGUACUCCUCGGUCGCUUUGUCCUCCACGAUUGCUGUCGAAACCACUGCGACAACUCUCGAGACUACAUCCUCGAUAAUCACUGCCGAUGUCACUGAUACCACCGAUUUUCUGGAAACAACUGUCACCGAGCCUGCUACCGGCUCCACAGAGACUACCGAUGCUCUCGAGAGUACCAUCACCGAAUCUGCGACCGACACCGCUGCUGGACCUGGACCUUGCGUUGAGACUCAAAUCCUUGGCAACCCCAGCUUUGACGACAACAACGAUGGAUCCCCAUGGGUCUUUGGUGCUGGAGUCACUGUCUCUCAAAUAGACCCCCGCUCGGCCCCCAACUUUCUUUACAACACGAUAAACCAAGGCCGCACACGCACCACUUUCUCGCAGUCUCUCCCCGCCCUUGGCCCGUACCUGUAUCGGCUGGACUACUAUUUCAAGUUGCAAACCGCCAUCCAAGGCCGCGGCUUUUCCUGCCAGCUGACUCCCAGCAUCAACGGCCAGACCCUCCAGUCUAGCGCCACCUUGACCGACAGUGGCCCCUACGAUCAGAGGUUCUCAAGCCAGUUUUUCACCGCUCAAGACCAGGGCUCGCCUGCUACCCUGUCUGUGUCAGUACAGUGCCAGGGCUCCUUCAACACUAUUAUCAUCGGUACCGACGAUUUCUCGCUCACGCGCACUUGCGGUAACUAG